GUUGCAAGUCAAAAACCAAGCGAAUACGACGAAACUCAUGUCGACAAACAAAGAAUUUUUCACAGGAAUUUCGAAGAUUCCCUACGUCCCUGACGCCUGUGCACAGGACGUGCUGUGUUUCAAACAUUACAAUGCCAGUGAGGUUUUGCUGGGAAGAACGAUGGCGGAUUGGCUGCGCUUCUCUGUGUGUUACUGGCACUCCUUCUGCGGGACCGGGGCCGACCCGUUCGGCUCUGCCACCCUCCUCAGGCCAUGGAACGAGGGAGACAGUCACAUGGAGAGGGCCAAGAAGAGACUCAGUGCGGCCUUUGAGUUCUUCACCAAGCUUGGUGUGAAAUAUUACACUUUUCAUGACAGGGAUAUGGCCCCUGAGGGCCACACUCUGGAGGAAUCCCACAGGAACCUGGAUGAGGUGACAGAUCUGGCUCUGCAGUUCCAGAACCAGACAGGGGUUAAAGUACUCUGGAUCACCUGCAACCUGUUUGCCCAUCCCAGGUAUAUGAACGGAGCUGCCACUAACCCAGACUUCCACGUGUUUGCCUAUGCUGGGGCCCAGGUGAAGAAAGGUCUGGAGAUUGCCAAGAAGCUGAAUGCUGAGAACUUUGUAUUCUGGGGAGGCCGGGAAGGCUUUAUGUCUUCACUCAACACAGACGUAAGAACUGAACUGAAGCACAUGGCCAGCUUUUUUAGAAUGGCUGUCGCAUACAAAGACAAGAUCGGCUUGAAGUGCCAGUUCCUCAUUGAGCCGAAGCCGAAGGAACCGUGUAAGCACCAGUACGACUACGAUGCAAUGAGCGUUAUUGGCUUUUUGAAGCACUUUGGACUGGAUAAAGACUUCAAACUUAACAUUGAGCCCAACCACACUACUCUGGCAGGGCACUCCUACGAACAUGACAUCAUCAUCGCCUCUGAGUUUGGUAUGCUUGGUUCUGUGGACUCUAAUAGUGGGUCCCCUGAUUUGGGCUGGGACACCGAUCAGUUCCCCAUGGACAUCCGUAACACGACCCUGGUGAUGAAGACUGUUAUCGACCAGGGAGGCCUACAGCCCGGAGGCCUGAACUUUGACGCCAAGGUUCGGCGGGAAUCGACUGACCUGGAGGAUUUGUUCAUCGCUCACAUCAGCGCCAUGGACACCUUUGCUCGAGGGCUUAGAAACGCUGCCAAAAUUGUCGAGGAGGGACACCUGCAAAACAUGCUACGGGAACGCUACUUGAGCUUCAGCCGUGGGACUGGUCAAAAGGUGGAAGAUGGCAGUGCUUCGCUGGAGGACUUAGAGGAAUUCAUCAAGCAAAAUGGAGAGCCCAAAGUAACAUCAGGCAAACAAGAAAAAUAUGAAGCAAUGUUCAACCAUUACUUGUGAGAUUCCAGUGAGUCCCAGUGUUAUAGAGCAUACUUACUGAAAUUAUUUUAGUGGCUGAUUCAUAGAAAUUUGUUACAGGAAAUCUUAAACUUGUGGACAAUAACUACUGCAGUAAAAUCAGAAAUAACCUGUUAGUUUAAAUUUUAAACUAAUUAAAGGCCUGUUUUCUGAACAUGAAGUCUGGGUUUAGGCUGAAUCUAGGCCUGGGGAGAGUGGCCCAUAUAAUAUGGAUAUCUAGACAUUUUAAUUAAUAAACAGAAAUAAAAAGGUCCUGCUCAAUCA